CCGGAGUUGCAGUCUUCUUCUAGCAAAAGGGCCGCGAGCGAUGUAACGCGAUCAACGCUAGUCCUCCCACCGCAAAACGUUUCCCCACAGAAGAAACGGAGGAGGAGCUCCACCCCGUCAAGAGUAUUCCCGGUCGAGAAAUCGCGAAGCCCCGUCGUUGGACCCAAGUCGAACCCGACGCGCCGAGCGCCUGGCGUCCAAGAUCUUGACGAUGAGACAGCGCGCCUACCGUACAACAUAGGCGCGGCGUUGUUGUCUUUCGAGCCGCACACCACCGCCGAGUUUAAAGACAUCCCGGAGAUCCGCCAUCACUACAAGGACACCGUAGGGGUUUUGAUGUCUCUCGAUGAGGGAAAGACGUUUCAACCGAUAGCUGCAGGAGUAGCUAGCACGGCCGUGAUGCGGAAACUCGCGGUAAGAUAUCUAGUGUCAUGCGGCGCGCCACGACUGCCAAAGACGGUUUUUCUUUUCCUGGACGGGUCGCAAGAUCUACAUCAAGUAAAGGCCGAGUUGGAAGACGCAGAGGUGGGUGACGGUCAGGAGAGCCCCAGAGAUGCAGACCUGGGACUUUUCAGACUUUUCCACUCGCGCGUGCAGCAUUUUUUCGGGUUCGAGCCCGCGGGUGGUUCUUUCAGAAGCUGGACUAGCGCUUUGAGGCUUUACAAUAGCGAAGCUAAGACGAGUAGCAGUUACCUCGAGUUAGCAGAAUCAUUUGUGCGAAAGGGCGGAAAGGUCGACGACGACUACCCCAGCGGAUCAAUCGCCCUGGUCGACGAUUUAUUCCCAACAGCCGACAAAGGACUGAACUUCCAGCGGAUGCACGCUAGCGUCAACGACAAGGGUUCCUGGGAAGUCUUUUCAACCAGCGGCAGUAAGACCGGGAGGGCGCGUGUUUUCAUUUGCAACGA